GUGGCGCAGGGCGGCGGUGUGGACGAGCUCUUCGACGUGCGGAACCUCUUCUACCUCGGCGCCUUCCAGGCCGCCAUCAACGAGGCGCAGCGCGCCAAGAGGAAAUAUGGCGUUGUUCUGGACGAAAUUAAAGCCAAUGCUAGCCCUGAGCUCCAAGCAGUGAGAAUGUUUGCAGAGUAUCUUUCCAACGAGAGUCAAAGGGAUGCAAUUGUUGCCGAGCUGGACAAAAAAAUGGCCAAAAGCGUUGAUGUGGCUAACACUACGUUCUUGCUGAUGGCCGCUUCCAUCUACUUCCACGACCAGAAUCCCGACGCGGCUCUGCGCACCCUGCACCAAGGGGAGAGCCUGGAGUGCAUGGCAAUGAUGAUACAGAUUCUCCUGAAGCUCGACAGGCUGGACCUGGCCCGCAAGGAGCUUAAGAAGAUGCAGGAGCAAGAUGAAGAUGCGACUCUCACUCAGCUGGCCACUGCCUGGGUGAACAUAGCCCUGGGUGGUGAGAAGCUGCAAGAUGCCUAUUACAUCUUCCAGGAGAUGGCAGAUAAAUGCUCCUCCACCCUCCUCCUGCUGAAUGGACAGGCAGCCUGCUAUAUGGCCCAGGGCAAGUGGGAUGAUGCAGAGGGGGUCCUUCAGGAGGCCCUGGACAAGGACAGUGGCCAUCCUGAGACGCUGAUUAACCUUGUUGUCCUGUCACAGCAUUUGGGCAAGCCACCAGAGGUAACAAAUCGCUACUUGUCACAGUUGAAAGAUGCACAUAAAAAUCAUCCAUUCAUAAAGGAGUAUCAGGCAAAGGAGAAUGACUUUGAGCGGCUGGUGGUGCAGUACGCGCCCAGCGCCUGA